CAUAUAGAAAUCUACGCUCGAAACUUUGGGUUUCUAAAUUUUGGAUCUACAAACACGAUGGCCCAACUCCUCGCCCCUCUCGCUCUCGCGGCUCUCGGCGGAUCGGCGUUCAGUGAAAGCUAAAAGCCUAAAACCCUAGUUCGAACCUCUACUAGCCGGCGACAGCGGCGGUGGAGCGCGGGAUACCCGGAGAUGCCAGCGCCGUCUGCGGUUGCGUCGGCCGUAGAGAGGCUACAGGCAGCGGCGCAGGACGCCGCCAAGUCCUCGUCGCGCUCGGCCGGCGCCUUCUCCGAGCAGGCGCAGCAGGCCCUCGUGUCCAGGACCGCCGGUUGAAGCAAACAGUGUUUAUCCUUGAACUGCAAAUGUGUAACAAAAUAUGGAGACCACGCCAAUGUCGCUCUAUGGCUAUCAAUGUUAGGAAACCUGAGCUCAGCGUCAGCUAUACAUUAUUCAUAAUGUACAUGGACUAUGUGAGCAGAAUCAGCCGCCUGCAAAAAUGUGACGGGUUGUUUCUCUGUCAACAUGUGCAAAGGUCAGUGCCAUUAGCUUUGCGAUUGGUGUUGUGGCAGGGUUCACACUCAAGAAAAGGCUGCGCAGAUGGGCUGCUAGACUGCUGAAGAGAAUUAAGGACGACGACUAUUGACUAAUGCGAUCUUUUCCUCAUUGUCUUUGGAGUUUGUUCAGAAAUCAGAACUAUGGCUACUACGUACCUCAGCAUCUUGUGUAGCCAACUGUUUUUGUGCCUCCACAUAUUUGCUAUGAAUGCUGGUAUAUGAUAAUAUGAACCAUCAGAAGUUCAUCACAUUACAGCAUCGUGAAAUGUGCAAAUGGUGAUACAAUGUCGCCAACGACAGUAUGAUCGUGCCAUGCUCUCUGGUGUCCUUCGUCAUCAAACUUUGUCGAGAGUAUGAUCUUUCCCAGUGUUGACAUGCUUCUUGACUGAGUUUCACUGCCAGGAUGAUGAACCAGUGCAGGGCCUGAGAAGCCGGAAAGAAGCCCAUCUAUUAUCUAUAGGAGCCGAGCACCUGAAAUAUCUCCCUCUCCUCGCCGCCUGCUUUCUUCAGCUGCUGUCCGAGCUCGCCUGCUUUCUUUCAGCUGCUGUCCGAGCUCCGACCAAACCCAACCCAGCCCACCCGAAAUAUCUCCCUCUCCCGCGCCGCUUCACGGUGACGCCCCUCCUCGCCUUCCGCCGCCUCCGCCCCAUGUCCACCUCUGCCUCCCCGCACACCUCCAUCCUCCACCUCCCCCACCGCCCGUUCGUGUUCAGGCGACCGAGGCUGUCGCGCCUCAGGUGCUUCGCGUCGCUCGCGCCGGCGUCAUCGGGCGCUUCGCCGGCGAACGACGACCACCUCAUACAAAUGCUCUGCGCCCACGGGCGCCUCGCCCAGGCCACGGCGCUCUUGCAGGGGCUUCCCGCGCCAACGCAGCGCACCUACGAGUCGCUCCUACUCGCAGCCGCGCGGGCGAGGGACACCGCGCUCGCCGCGGCCGUGCACCGCAGGCUCGAGGCGGACCCGGUGUUCCGCUCUGAUCCCUUCCUGUCGACCCGCCUCAUCGAAGCCUAUGCUGCGCUCAGCGCGCUCCCCGCCGCGCGCCAGGUGUUCGACGAGGCGCCUGUGAAGAACAUCUUCGUGUGGAACGCGAUGCUCAAGGCGCUCGCGCUCGCCGACCAUGGAGAGGAGGCUCUCACGUGCCUUGCUGACAUGGGCCGGCUCGGUGUCCCCGUCGACAGCUACAGCUACGCGCACGGUCUUAAGGCCUGCAUUGCAGCGUCAGCGUCGCACCUGCCGGCCUCUGCCCGUGUACGGGAGAUGCAUGCUCAUGCCAUCCGCCGCGGCUAUGGAUUACACACGCAUGUUGCCACAACUCUUAUUGACUGCUACGCGAAGCUUGGGAUUGUCAGCUAUGCUGAGCGUGUGUUCACUUCAAUGCCUGAUAGGAAUCUUGUGUCAUGGAGUGCUAUGAUUGGGUGCUAUGCCAAGAACGAGCGUCCUGGUGAUGCAAUUCAGAUCUUUCAGGAGAUGAUGGCCUCUGAUGCAGACCUGGUACCAAACUCGAUCACAAUUGUCAGCGUCUUGCAUGCCUGUGCUGGGGUAAAUGCACUUGGUCAGGGCAAAGUACUGCAUGCAUAUAUCCUUCGGAGGGGUUUUGACUUACUUGUUUCAGUGCUGAAUGCGUUGAUGGCAAUGUACAUGAAAUGUGGGUGCCUUGAGACCGGGCGCUACAUCUUCAACUGGAUAGGACGCAGAAGGAAUGUCGUGUCGUGGAAUUCACUUAUAUCUGGAUAUGGAAUGCAUGGCUUUGGUCGUGAGUCACUCCAGGUGUUUGAGGAGAUGAUUGAGGAAGGCAUUUCACCAAAUAUCAUCACAUUUGUCAGCGUCCUUGGGGCUUGUAGUCAUGUUGGACUUGUGGAGCAGGGAAAGAAGCUAUUUGAAUCAAUGGUGGAGUACAAUGUCACACCUCGUGCUGAGCACUAUGCUUGCAUGGUUGACCUUCUUGGUCGUGCUGGGCGCCUGGAUGAAGCUGUGGAGCUGAUACAGAGCAUGCGUAUUCAACCAAGCCCUCAAGUUUGGGGCUCGCUUCUUGGCGCUUGCAGAAUUCAUGGCCAUGUUGAGUAUGCUGAGAUGGCAUGCUCUCAUCUCUUUGAUCUUGAGCCCCGAAAUGCUGGAAACUAUGUCCUCUUGGCAGAUAUUUAUGCCCGAGCUAAAUUGCAGAACCAAGUUGAUGUACUAAAGGAGUUACUUGAGGAGCAUGCACUGGAGAAGGUGCCUGGCUGUAGCUGGAUAGAGGUGAAGAAGAAGCUGUACUCAUUUGUUUCAGUUGACAACAAGAACCCACAGGUGGAGGAGCUGCAAGCAUUGAUUGGUGAAUUUGUGACACAGAUGAAAAAUGAGGGCUAUGUUCCUGACACGAGAUCAGUUCUGUAUGAUAUUGAAGAAGAGGAGAAGGAGAGGAUUUUGCUUGGCCACAGUGAGAAGUUGGCUGUUGCUUUCGGGCUUAUCAAGACUGGCAGUGGAGAGGCUAUCAGGAUCACAAAGAAUCUCAGGCUUUGUGAGGACUGUCAUUCAGUCACCAAGUUCAUCUCCAAAUUCACAGAUCGGGAGAUUGUUGUGAGGGACGUGAACAGAUUUCACCACUUCAGGAAUGGAGUUUGCUCGUGCAGGGAUUAUUGGUGAUGAUGAUGCAAACUCCUUGUUUUAGUUACCUUCACUGAUUAUACUGGAUGAUAACUGAAAGUAGGAGCUGUUGUUUCUUCAAACCAUUGUGUACAGCCUAACAUAUUUCAUUAGCCUAGGCAUGGUGAUAGCUUUUCAGGAGGGGCAUCAGAUUGAUCAACUAGUCUGGAGAAAAGUGGAACUCAUACCUGACAAACAGUUUUGACACGCUUGUGAGGAUGCCUCUUGUUUACAUGUAAAGAGAUCGAACUCAAGACUGAUAGGAUGAUUAUGAUGCUUAGGGUCUAUGCCUCGUUUGUAUGACUGUGACUCGGGGCACAACUAUGGAGAGGGUUUACGCCUAGGGUGCGUUGAUCUUGACUCGAUCACUUGGUUGGGUCUGAGGACACAUCUAACAUUUUUCCCUUUAUUCUUGUCUUUCUUCUUAAUCCUCCAUACUUCACUCUUUGAUGAAUUAACACAUCAAGUCCAACGCAUUACGAAGACAAUAAUACUUAAUAACAUAUACUUGAAGUUGAUGUAAAUGUACUCCCGUCCACUGGAAGGAAGCAGCGCAUAUUUUUC